GAGGCGUCAUCGAUGGUGUAGAGAAGAGUACUGCGCGGGAAGUCAGAGAAUUUGAAUUCUGACCGCCUACUACUACCUGCAUGACCCUCAGAAUAUCCCUUCACCUUCCUUGAUAUCGGUUUCUUCAUCCAUAAUAUAAGAAAGGUGGAUCAGGUUUAAUAGUGAUAAUAUUGAAACUUAAUUUUCCAAGAUGCCUGUUCCUCCCCCUCCAGCACCUCCACCACCACCAACAUUUGCCCUGGCAAACACAGAGAAGCCUUCCUUGAACAAAUCGGAGCAGGCUGGGAGAAAUGCUCUCCUUUCUGACAUUAACAAAGGGAAAAAACUCAAGAAAACAGUCACCAAUGACAGAAGUGCACCAAUAUUGGACAAACCUAAAGGAUCUGGUGGUGGAGGCAGUGGCUUUGGAGGAGGAAGCAGUACUGGUGGAUUUGGUGGAAGUUGUGGUGGUGCUUCUGGAGGUGGUUUUGGAGGGAGUGGUCCACCUGGUUUAGGCGGAUUAUUCCAGGCUGGAAUGCCGAAGCUGAGGUCCACAGCCAACCGAGAUACUGUUUCAGAUUCAGGAGGAACCCGUCCCCCCAUUUUGCCCCCAGGAGGAAGAGCUACAUCCGCCAAGCCAUUUACCCCUCCAGGUGGUGUAGGGCGAUUUCCCACACCUUCUCCAGGCCACAGAAGUGGUCCUCCCGAGCCCCAGAGGAAUCGAAUGCCUCCUCCUCCCAGGCCUGACCUGAGUUCCAAGCCCGACAGUGGGCCACCUCCUGUGCCCAGCACACCAAGACCGACACAAUCAAAUCUCCACAACCGAGGCUCUCCCCCUGUACCCAGCGGAGUACACCGACAGCCCAGCCUGGGGCCAACUCCUCCUCCUUUCCCUGGGAACCGAAGUGCAGGGUUUGGAGGUUCUAUUCGACAGUCAUCUCCAGGCUCUUCAUCCCCCUUCUCCAACAGGCCUCCCCUUCCUCCCGCCCCCAGCAGGGCCAUGGAUGACAAACCACCACCACCUCCUCCUCCAAUGGGCAACCGGCCAGCCAUCAAUAGAGAAGGGGCUCCUCCGCCUCCUCCUCCACAAAACAAUAAGCCUCCUGUGCCUUCCACUCCCAGGCCAUCUUCCUCUUCCCAGGCCCCACCGCCUCCUCCUCCUCCCAGCAGGCCAGGUCCUCCUCCUGUGCCUCCAGUUUCCUGUGGCAAUGAUGAAAUCCCCAGGCUUCCCCAACGGAACCUAUCCCUCACUUCUUCUGCUCCUCUCUUGCCUUCACCGGGGAGGUCAGGUCCACUUCCUCCCCCACCCAAUGAGAGGCCACCUCCUCCGGUGAGAGAUCCACCAAGCAGAUCAGGACCUCUCCCACCACCUCCACCUAUAAACAGAAAUGGCAAUACUUCCCGAGCACUGCCUUCUACUCCUCAACUGCCUUCCAGAGGUGGCUUAGAAAACCAGAGAGGUAGCCCAAGGCCUCCUCUUCCUCCAGACAGGCCUGGCUCUGGAGCUCCACCUCCCCCACCACCCUCAUCUUCAAUGAGAAAUGGCUUCCAAGAUUUAUCAUGUGAAGAUGAGUGGGAAAGCAGAUUCUACUUCCAUCCGCUGUCUGAUUUGCCGCCUCCAGAGCCAUAUGUACCAAUGACCAAGAGUUACCCCAGUAAAGUGGCAAGAAAUGAAAGCCGAAGUGGCUCCAACAGGAGGGAAAGAGGUGCUCCCCCACUUCCCCCCAUCCCAAGGUGAAUGAGGUGGUCGACCUGCCUCGGCCAAUCGCUAUAUUUACCUGAACUGAAGAGCUGCUUCUGUUGUCACCGUUGGAAAAUCGGCCCCUUCACUUUGCCCUCCCCACCCCCCAUCGUUGCCUCUUUUUUUGUGUUCCCUUCA